UUUUCAACUUAAAAUAAUGAAAAAAAUCAAACCCUAGAUGUGUUUUUAUUUUAAAAAAAUUGAGCAUUGACACUCCCCAUCUUCACGUCACACUUUUCUUUUACUGUAACUUCACACGCCCAUCACACAACAAAAGAAGAGCAUUGCAAAGACUUAGCUUCCAGAUCUGACUAAACUAGACCACCAUUUUCUCCUUACUUUUUUUCUCAUUCUAAAUAUUUUAUUAGAUCCAAUUGGAAUCGAAGAUUAAAACUCAAUUGCUCAAUUUUCUUUCACUUAAUUCUAUCUUAUUUUAAAUUAAUUUUUAGUGUUGGUUGGAUUUUUGGGAUUUGAAUUAGUUAGAUCUGAGUUGGGGGUAUUUUAAAUUUCUUUUUCCUCGAUUGGUUAGGGAGUUUUUCUCAAUGGCAAUGCCAUCGGGAAAUGUAGUUUUAUCUGAUAAAAUGCAGUUUGCUGCUCCUCCAGCUGCAGGAGCUGGCGGCGGCGGAGGUGGAGCUGCUGGAGGUGAGAUCCACCAGCACCAUCCUCGGCAAUGGUUCCCCGAUGAGCGUGAUGGCUUCAUCUAUUGGUUGCGAGGGGAAUUCGCCGCCGCCAAUGCUAUGAUUGACUCUCUUUGUCAACAUUUGCGUGAGGUUGGAGAAGUAGGGGAGUAUGAAGCCGUGAUUGCUUGCAUUCAACAAAGGAGAUCUAAUUGGAACCCCGUGCUUCAUAUGCAGCAGUACUUUUCUGUUGCUGAGGUCUCCUACGCGCUUCAACAGGUCUCCUGGAGAAGGAGACAAAGGCCUUAUGAUCAAGGGAAACUUGGGGGCAAAGAGUACAAAAGAUCUGGCUUUGGGUUUAAGGGGCAUAGGUUAGAGGUGGCUAAAGAAAUGCAGAAUUCGGGCGUGGAUAAUGAUGCGAAUUUGACUGUUAACACAAUUUCAGACAGAAACGAUAGAAAGACUGAGAAACGUGAUGACAAUAAAUCGGGUGGGGAGGAUAAAGUUUCAGCAGUCUCGGAGGAUAUAAAAGAUGCUGCUUCUAAGCCUCAAGCUGAUAGCAGCUUAAAAAAGUCAGGGAGUUCGGUAGGAACUAUACCUGGAAACACGGAACCUGGAACUGAGGAAGUAAAUGGUGGGUGCACAUCCAGCUGUAAAGUGAAUGAUUUACAUUCUGCCCAAAAUGAGAGUGAAAAGCAGAAUCUGGCUAAAGGUCCAAAAACUUUUGUUGGUAAUGAGAUGUUUGAUGGAAAAAUGGUCAAUGUUGUUGAUGGGCUUAAAUUGUACGAGGAACUGUUGGAUGAGAAGGAAGUUUUAGAUCUUGUCUCAUUGGUAAAUGACUUGAGGGCUGCAGGGAAAAGAGGGCAGUUUCAAGAAGCAGGUCAGACAUAUGUGGCUUCAAAAAAACCCAUGAAGGGACAUGGCAGAGAGAUGAUUCAAUUGGGCCUUCCAAUUGCAGAUGCACCUCUAGAUGAUGAAAUUUCUGCAGGGACUUCCAAAGAUCGGAGAAUAGAAGCUAUUCCUGCCUUGCUGCAAGAUGCUAUUGAUCGAUUGGUUGACUCGCAAGUUAUGACUGCAAAACCAGACUCUUGCAUUAUUGAUGUCUACAAUGAGGGGGAUCAUUCAAUGCCUCGUAUGUGGCCACCUUGGUUUGGAAAGCCUAUUUGUGUCAUGUUCUUGACCGAGUGUGACAUUACUUUUGGAAGGAUGAUUAGCGUUGAUCCUCCUGGGGACUUCAGAGGCUCUCUAAAGCUUUCUCUUGCACCUGGAUCUCUCCUUGUGAUGCAUGGAAAAUCAGCUGAUUUUGCCAAACAUGCACUUCCCUCUGUCCGAAAGCAACGCAUACUUGUUACAUUUACCAAAUAUCAACCAAAAAAAUCCAUGUCUGACAACCCAAGGCUUCCUUCACCUCCACUUUCUCAGUCUUCACAAUGGGUUCCAUCGCCUAGUAGAUCACCCAACCAUUUUCGCCUCUCUGCUGGCCCCAAGCAUUAUGCAGCAAUACCAACCACUGGUGUAAUGCCAGCCCCACCAAUUCGACCACAAAUUCCGCCUUCAAAUGGUGUUCAACCAUUAUUUGUGCCCACUCCAGUUCCACCUGCAAUUCCUUUUCCUGCUUCAGUUCCCAUUCCUCCAGGUUCAACCGGGUGGCCGGCUGCUGCUACAAGGCAUCCUCCACCUCGUCUACCCAUUCCUGGCACAGGAGUUUUUCUACCUCCUCCAGGCUCCAAUUCAGCAUCUCAACAGUCGUCAACAACUGCAACCGAACCCAACAUUCCUGUGGAGACAACUUCCCCCCCACAGGAAAAUGAGAUUGAGUCAGGGAAAACCAAUCAGCAUGCAGCUUCUCCUGAAGUGGGGUUGGAUAAAAAAUCUCCAAAGCAGGACUGCAAUGGAAGUGUAGAUGGAAGUGUGAGUGGGAGAGCUAUGGUGAAGGAAGAAGUACAAUGUGCUGAGAAUAGUGUCAAGCAAAGCUGCUAAUGCAGUUGUGUGAGAGAGAGAGAGAAAGCAGUUAGGCUGCAAACUCCAAUGAGUUAAAAGCAAAUGUAAAGAGCGGCAACAGUCGAGACAUUUGGCAUUUGAUACGAGUAGGUGGGAGGGGGAGCAAAGGGGAGGGAGGAACUUCUCAGUUGUCUCUGCAAUCCUUCAUGUUGUCUUUUCCAUUUCUUUUUUGCUGUCUUAGUAUAUGAACACACUCACACUAGGUGGAAAACUCCAUUCUUAAUAUAACUUUUGCUUCUUAUUCA